CUCCGAGUACUCUCCGAAUGUCGUCAGUAAACAAAAUGUGGAGCCAUUUCUUCUUGUGCAAAGGUCAAGCUGAAAUCAAAGCCUCAAUUCAUGCGAAUACCUCAAAGAGUUCGUACACGUUCUUGAAGGGCACAAGCCCUUCCCGCCAAGCCUUUCAUGUUACUGAUUUGUGAUUACUAAUAACUAAUGGAGUUUCUUACACGGAUCGUCUCAAGUGUUGCCCAGUUCUGUACCUUUUUCCUGUUGGUCGCUUAUGUUGGCGUGAUCAAGAUGUCUAACAUAGUUCUCGCAUAUCUGCUCAGUCCUGGCCUCAAGAAGUCUCUGUUUGGCAAAUUCUUACUCUUACAUGAAUUCUAUCUCGACUCCAAUAUCACCCAUGUCAAUAAUGGGUCAUUUGGUGCUGUUCCUAAGAGGGUUAUGGAGGAAAGGCUAAAGCAUCUGUACGAGGAAGAGGGUUGCCCAGAUGGCUGCAUAUUCUACAAGAGCACUGACAGGUGGCUUGAGGCUGUGAAAUCUGUGGCAAACUUCAUCAACUGUGAUCACAGGGACUUAGUCUUUGUAAAUAAUGCAACCCAAGGAAUCAAUGCCAUUCUGCGAUCCCUUGACCUCAAGGAAGGAGAUAGCGUGCUUGUGACUAAUCAGACAUAUGGUGCAGUCUCCAUGACAACCCAGGAAGUAUGUCAUUCAAAGAAGGCUAACUUAGUGGUGCUUAACUUGACAUUCAGAACAUCUGACCUGGGAGGCCACUCAGAUUAUUAUGUUGUGGACAUUGUGGGACAGUAUCGGAAAGUUCUCCAAGAAAACCCAAAUAUCAAGAUCGCAAUCAUUGACCACAUCACUAGCUCAAGUGCUCUGUUGCUGCCGGUUAAGAAAUUGCUUAAGGCGUGCCAUGAUCAUGGUGUUAUGGCGUUAGUCGAUGGGGCGCAUGCACCCGGUCAGGUUUCACUGGAGAUUGACAGCCUUGAUGCUGACUUCUAUGUUGGGAACCUCCACAAGUGGAUGUUUGCACCACGUGGAACAGCAUUUCUUUGGGUCCACAAGAAGUACCAAAGCCAGAUCAACCCCCUAGCUGUCUCCUGGAAUCACUCCCUUGGAUUCCAGAUGAAAUUCUUGUUGCAAGGGACUGAAGAUCAGAGUAACAUUUUUGCAGUUGAGGCGGCACUGCAGUAUCACUAUCAUUUGGGAGGACUGGAGAACAUCCAAUCACACAACAUGGCUUUGUGUCAUUGGGCAUCUAAUAUGCUGGCUUCUAAAUGGCAGACAGAGACCCUACCCAUACCAGACAACAUGCGGGCGCCGUAUAUGGCUUGCAUUCGACUGCCUCAGGAGAUAGGGAUAGCCUAUGGGGCUACUAGGCCUGGAGAAUCAAAAGCAAGGAAGGACCUGUUUGAACGCUACAGCAUCUGCGUCGCUGUCACCUGCAUUCAGUCAUCAUUAUGGUGUCGUAUCAGUUGUCAUGUGUAUAACUGUGAGGAUGACUAUAAAAAGCUCGCAGAGGGUGUGCUUCGCCUUAAGCAGGCCAUAAUCAAUGGUUAUAGACCACCUGUUGAUAAGCAUGGUCUAAACUCACAGCUAUCUAGUGCAGCGACUUCAGUGGAUAAUAUUACGAGUAGCGAGAACUAUGCUAGUGAGCGCUUGUAGACAAAUAGCCCCUCUUUAUUGAUUGCACUAAUUUGUGAGAUUUAAAUGGACAUAACAGAUCUUUCAAUUGAUCUACUAUCCCUUCCUAAAAAGACUACUUGCAAGGGAAGACCUUUAGAAAUAUUCUCAAUUUAUUCUAAAAAAGGUUUGACCCCCCAAAAAAAUUCAGACUACAAAGAUAUGACACAACAACAAAUAUUAGUAAAAAUGAAAAAUUAGAGCCGUCAAGUUAUUUUACAGAAACAUCAAAUAAUGACCAAAUUGCAUCAUAUGGAAUAUUUUUUUUUUCAUAUUUUAUCUGAUUCAACAACUACAGAUCACUAAAGCAUUACUGUAGUGGCUCAAAAUACUGAGUGGGGGGCAUGAUACUAAGAUAGAAGCCUAUACUGGGGGUGGGGGGGGGACCCUAUUGGCACUGUUAAGUGUCCAAAGUGAUUCUUCAUUAAUAGUUACUAUGAGCAUGAGGCAAUUUUUUACUCUUAUAUAUAACCUAGAAGGCCAAUUUUAUUUCAUUUAAUAUUUAUUUUGAUUUAAUUUGCUUGAUAACUGUUGUUCAUAAAAAAAAUGAUAUCUUAUUUAUUGUUUGUGCUUUGAUGAAAAUAAACCACCAUCAGACAGCAAAAAUUUCAAUAGACAAAUAGGUGAUUUCCUCUACAAAUGUUAUUACUAAUAGAGAAACAACAACAAUAAAAUUACAUUAACAAUCCA